AUGUCAGACACGACGCUCCGCACGACGUUGGCGCCACUUCCAGAAGAUCACCGCGUUGGACUAAUAAUUCUAACAACAUUUUCCUGUCUUUCCUUUUUGUCAACGACCCUGCUUUGGCUUUUUAUUACAUACAAGCUCGUGGCAGAGCGGCUGGCGGAAAGAGCACGGCGGAGGAAGAGGAAACAAAAAGCCCAACAACGGAAUGCUGCUGCUGCUGCCGCCGCUGGCCCACAAUUGCCAGACCUCUCCCUUGGUAUUGAUGCUCCCUGCUCCGGAGCUACCGGAUUCGAUCGCAUCCUCGAACUCGACAGGCUAGCCGCUAGUGCACAGGAGCAACGUAACAAUGGCACAGUAGACCGGGAAGCCGACGAUGAGACGGAGCCGGAAAUUCGCAACCCGUUUCCCAUUCUCGUCUACAACCUUCUCUUGGCGGAUAUGAUGGAAGCACUAGCCUAUGGACUCAGUUUCUAUUGGGUUGCGGUGAAUGGGAUCUUUGCCCCCUCUCCAGUUUGUUGGGCACAGGGCUGGCUAGGGUCGACAAGUAACCUGGCUGCCAGUUUGUUUCUGGUGGUCAUAUCUGUGAACACUUGCCUAACAGUGGGAUUGGGAUACAAACCACCACCGUGGGUAGUUUACACAUGUAUAGCCGGCCUCUGGGUCUUCGACUUUGCCGUCAAUGGAGCGGGAAUCGCCUCUUCUCACCUUCAUCCAACGGCUCCUGGGGAGUCAUUUUAUAUGCGGGCCAACGUAUGGUGUUGGAUAUCCAACGCAUACGACCCAUGGCGCCUAUGGGCUCAUUAUUUUUGGGUCAUUGUAUCUAUCCUUAUGACGAUUAUACUCUACUCCUUCGUCUUCAUUACUCUUUGGAGACAAAAAAGGAGUUGCCGUCAUUUGCCGCAGAAGCGGUCAGUGUCGCGUAGCGGCCAUUCAGAAUUCAGCAGCGAGAUCAAUCAAAGACCGGCAUGUCCACAACCAUCCGGCUACCACCCAGCCUUCCUCGCCUAUCCGUUUGUAUACAUAGCCUGCAGCACACCUCUGAUAAUAGGAAGAAUCACCUCUCUCUUGGGCACUGACUUGGGCACCUCUUAUUUCGCAUUUGCAGGCUCUCUGUUAGCUGCCAAUGGCCUCCUCAACUCGAUCCUGUGGACGACAACCAUUGUCUUCAGCGCCCCACAGGACGUCCACGAUGCAGGGCUAGACAGAUUUGCCUUUAUGAGAACACCUAUACGAGAGUUUGGAAAUAUAGUGGUUAUCAGUGGUCCUGCUAGCAGAAGGGUUCCUCUCUCGGAAAUCACUCCAGACAGUGGCCGCAAGCAUUGGUGGUGGUGGGAACACGGAGGCCAAAGAGGAUGGGGGAGGUCUUAUGCCAGUACGCAUCGUAUGCCCAAUGAAUCAUCGAUUGAGGUCCCUGCUUAUGAGUUACAGAAUCUUGUGGGGGGUCCACACAUUCAGAUGGAUGUUGUGACGGCAGUCAGAAGUGAUUCUGUGGACUACACAGUUGAUAAGUAG